AUGCCCUUGAAGAUACCGUCAAAGCUGCCAUUUGGCGGCGGUGGCGCCAGCACCAAGCCCAAGGAGCCUUCGUUGGACGAUGUCCUCCCUACUAGAGCGCUUCGCAUUGAGCUAGUGGUAUUGCUUGCAGUCUGUACAGAUGCCAUGAGAGAUACCCUCAACAGUCCAUUCUCGAAACCUACAGACCAGAGAAGGACCCAGUAUACUGCUGCCCUCAAUCGCGACGAUCUGUGGGGCUCGGGAGCCACCGAAGCGGCGUUGCAGGAUGCCGCAGUCAAAUAUUUGAACGAAUGGCGCACUCGAGUCCUUCGAAAGUCAGGCGAGGUGCUAGGAGUACAAUCCGGCGAUGUCAAACGUCGAAAGGACCACUACGUGGCCAACACUCAAACAACAAACACCACAAUGCUUGAUUCCCCAAGUCGAGACUCAUGGCUCCCCUUCAAGCCCAUCACGCCUCCGUCAGCACUCAUGCAGGAGCUAGACGAUUCAAAACGUGCCCUCGUUGUCACUGCAGUCUUUUUCAUGCUCUUAAGCCUCGAAACCUACCCUGCUCAUUCUAGAGUACUGUUGAUGUUUCUCUGCGAAUGCCUCCAGCUACCGGUUGACGUUCUUAGUAGCGCUGAGGCCAGCAUAGCCAUCACCCUGUUGAAGACCGCCGAAGACUCGUCGAUCGAUACCGCGCAGACAGAUGAAGCUCGUCUUGCCCAAGCCGAGAAAAGCCGCCAGGGUCGGAAAUGGAAAGUAGGUCUGGCCACCGUUGCUGGCGCCGUUGCCAUUGGAAUCACAGGCGGACUGGCGGCCCCGGUCAUCCUCGGCCUUGGAGGAGCAUUACUCGGUGGCAUAGGUCUGGGCGGCUUAGCGACACUGCUAGGUGCUACAAUUGUCAAUCCAGUCACAAUUGCAGCACUCUUCGGUGCCCUGGGAGGGCGAAUGACUGGCAAGGCGAUGGAAGAGUAUGCUAGGGAGGUAGAGGACUUUCGGUUUAUGCCGACAAAGCCCAAGCCAGAGGAGAAGGAGCGCGAACACAAGCUACGAGUGGCCAUUGGCGUGAGUGGCUGGGUGCAGGAGGAGAACGAUGUGAUUCAGCCGUGGAAGGUAUUUUCUGAUGCGGCUUUGGAGCCCUUCGGAUUGCGUUACGAGCUGUCCGCAUUGACUGGAUUGACUGAGAUGCUGGACACACUUCUCAAAGACACAGCAUACUCAGUAGCCCAGGCAGGAGCAGUGAGACUUCUGCUUCCAGUUCUCGCAGCGGCCAUGCUUCCACUAACCCUCAUGAAAGCUGGAAAGUUGCUUGAUAACCCCUUCACGAUAGCCAUGGAACGAAGCGACAAAGCUGGCAAGGUACUAGCGCAUGCUCUCAUCGCGCGAGUUCAAGGAGAGCGUCCGAUCACACUGGUGGGCUUCAGUCUUGGCGCACGAGUUGUCGCUGCGUGUCUCCAGGAGUUGGCCGAGCAGAAGGCAUUUGGCGUCAUUGAAAACGCAGUACUGAUCGGUUCCCCUGUGCCUAGCGAUGUGUCGAUCUGGAGAGUCCUCCGCACAGUUGUAGUCGGUCGACUCGUCAACGUCUACGCAUCGAAGGACUUCCUGCUCGGGUUCCUCUAUCGAGCUCGCAAUGCCACAGUCAAUAUUUCCGGCCUUCGAUCGAUAUCCGGUGUGCCUGGGGUCGAGAAUGCAGAUAUCUCCGAGAUCGUUACUGGCCACAAUCAGUACAGAUUAGCAAUGGGCAAGAUACUGAAGCAGAUCCAUUUCAAUGAUCUUGACCUGGAUAGAGUCGAGGAUGAGGAGCUGGAGCUGGAGGCAGAGCAGAUGAAGGAGAAGGCCAUUCAUGACGAAGCAAAGCGGAAUGGUCUGCUCGACGACGAAGACGAAAACGGACAGCUGAUAUUGUCCGACGCUUCGUCGCUUGGCCAAUUUGAUGCAACAAAGCAGAAGAUGACUGCGAACAUGCGAGAUCUUCGCGGUCUCGAUCUCAGUGAUACGUCGCUUGACAAGCCCAAGGAGGAGCCAGCUGCAGAGCUCCCUGCGUAUUCCGAGUCAACCUCGCCGCCGAUUGAGAACAAGCCGGCUCUACCACAACGCAAGCCUGUGUCAGCGGAAGGGAAGCCGGCUCUGCCACAGCGCAAGUCUGUGCCGCCAGCCAAGCAGCCCUUGACUCCAACAACAUCCGAGGACGAUGAGGAGGACCAUCACGACCGUAUAAGGAUGGUCGAGGGUGAUCUGGAUGAGCUUCAGCCAGAAGCAAUUCCGGACACUCCGCCUCGGCCAGGCAGGCGGUGA